GCGCCUGCGCGGACGGGCGUGCCCCGGAAGCAGUCCUUUGGCCGGUGACACGUAGCAACAGGGCUCCUGCAGGGUCUGGAACUGAGUUUGGGGGGUUACUAGGGGCCGCUGGAGCUGCAGCCGCCGGCGGCGGAGCGUUGGAUCGUUGGCCAUGUCAGGCUUUGAUAACUUAAACAGCGGUUUCUACCAAACAAGUUACAGCAUCGACGAGCAAUCUCAGCAGUCCUAUGACUAUGGAGGAAGUGGAGGACCCUACAGCAAGCAGUAUGCUGGCUAUGACUACUCGCAGCAAGGUCGAUUUGUCCCUCCAGACAUGAUGCAGGCACAGCAGACAUACACUGGGCAGAUUUACCAGCCAACUCAGGCCUAUCCUUCAACUGCACCUCAGACGUACUAUGGAGACAGCUUUGAGGAGGAGCCUCCUUUGUUAGAAGAGUUGGGUAUCAAUUUUGAUCACAUCUGGCAAAAAACACUGACAGUGCUGCACCCCCUGAGAGUGGCCGACGGCAGCAUUAUGAAUGAGACCGACCUGGCAGGGCCUGUGGUGUUCUGCCUCGCCUUUGGAGCCACGCUGUUACUGGCUGGCAAAAUCCAGUUUGGCUAUGUAUAUGGGAUCAGUGCAAUUGGAUGUUUAGGAAUGUUUUGUUUGUUAAAUUUAAUGAGUAUGACAGGUGUCUCAUUUGGUUGUGUGGCAAGUGUCCUGGGGUAUUGUCUUCUUCCCAUGAUCCUGCUGUCCAGCUUUGCAGUGGUAUUUUCUUUACAAGGAAUGGUAGGAAUUCUUCUCACUGCGACGAUCAUUGGCUGGUGUAGCUUUUCGGCUUCCAAAAUUUUUAUUUCUGCAUUAGCUAUGGACGGACAACAACUUUUAGUGGCAUAUCCUUGUGCUUUGUUGUAUGGAGUCUUUGCCCUGAUUUCCAUCUUCUGAACUGAUUUGUCUGGGAUGUGGAUAUCAGUGGGCCGAACUCACUAAAAGGACCUUGGACUCUUCAAAUUGGACCAGCAAACCACUGCAGUGCAGCUAACUCAUGCCGAUGACCAGUAGCCUGGAAGCAGCAGCAGUAGACAAGUCUUUCGUUCAUUGGUACAGGACAGUUGACGUUGUGUGGAGUCCCCUGCAGAUGACUAGCUCUACGUGCUUGUUCCUAGACAGCUAAGAAGUACAAUUUCUUUCCUGAUACUGCAGCCUCUGACAACUCUUUUUUCCUCACAAAUUAUAUUAUGAUGUUUUUGAUAGAUUUUUACCAAAUGGGAAACCAACCACAAAGCUGAUAAUCUUUCCCAAAAACAACCCAGUUACAGUAAAGAAGAAACAAGUCUUAUUGCAGAAAUAUUUUUCCAAGGAAUUAGGAAAGAAAAUGCUUGCAGUAACCUCAAGUUAAGUGCACUGAAGUAAAGCUGAACAAAACAAAAUCCCAAUGCAGAGCUUUCUGAGUUUACACUUCAAAUAUUUGACAUUCCUAUAAAUUGUCUCAUGAAAUCUGUGCUGAAAUUCAGAGAUACAAGCAGUUCACAAUCUACCUUGUGGAGAUGAAAUGUGAACAGUUAUUUAGACAUUAGGGUCAACUAAUCUGGACUGGCCACAUGAUGCUUAGUUUUGUCCACAUGUCCCAAGAAGAAGAAAUCACUAACUUUUUUUUUUUUAUUGAGAAAAAAAAUAUUUAAAAUUUCACAAUUUCAGUAUUGCUGUUAUCAAUGUACAGUGAAUUUGAUGCUUAUUAAAUUUUCCCAAUUAACUCUGCUGUUGAGUUUAUUUUCACUAAACUACUAUUCUCUGUCUUUUUUUCAUUAGGGUUUGAUUUUGACUCCUGAUUUAAACCAAGUUUUAGAAAUAGAAGUCAUUCUAGUGUAGAACCAGACAAAUAGGAAACGAGAAGCAGUUUACUUCGAAUGACAGUGUUAGUUCCUGAUUUUAAACUCACUUGGGUUUGUAUCAUUACACCAUCUGGUAAGAGAGUCUGUAGGGAAAUGCUGUAUAUCUUGUGUGUGGACUCCUGGCUUUAAAACACCUCAGGUUCUGGACGGUAUUUAGUAAUAGUUAUGAGCAAGGAUGGAAUGGAAACUGAAGUCUCAUGUUUUUCAUAAGAGGGGGUCAGCAGCCAAAAGAAAAAUAUCCUAGAAUGCUAAUGCUGUGUUUUAGAAUAUGUUGUCAGGUAGAAAAGGAGCCUCACACACAGGUUCUUCCUUUAUUGAUGUUCUGGGUUUAGGUACUGACGGUGAGUCAUGCACAUUUUCACUUUCAGCCAAUCACUUUUGAAGCAUGCCUCCAGUCUUUUGGUAGUCCCUUCCCCCUUCUCUGGCUUGUUUGCUUGCCUUUGGAGAGUGAAUGUUGAGACAGGGUCUCUUGCAGCCCAAGCUGACCUUGAACUCCUAACAUUGUCAUUUUCGAUUCAUUUUACAUAGUUCUUGUUGAGGCAAAUUCGCGAUGUCUUCUGUUAAUAUGCUGCUCUUUAGAGUGAAUAAGGAAGAUGAUGCUUGAGAAAUUGUCUCACACUUGGUUAUAUUUAACCCACUGUUACCCAGUUCCCCCAGAUAAACCUCAUUUUCUUACCAUUUAUUGCUUCCCUUCAUCAAAACCUUUUUUAUUUAAAUCAUUAUUCUGUGGUUUUAUGCUGGUGUUGGCUAUGUUUCAUUUAAAUGUCCUUGUAUGCUACUGGCAUACAAUUUGUUCCCAUGUUCAACAAAAAGUUACCAACAUGAGAUAUUUAACAUUUAAUUAUUUUUCUAUAAAAAUGGCUACAUAAUGUAAUUCCAUCUGAUACAUGGUUUAAUUUAAUAAUUUGCUUAGCACAUUAAUCAUGUAUAGCACUUUCUCACGAAACUCAUAAGUAAAAAUAUAAUGUAACCACAUUUGUAUAUAUGUUGAAAUAUAGUAUGUCUGAUAAGUGUUGUAUGGCAGCCUUUUUGGUAAACAGUAUAGCUUAAAGUUCACCAUUUGAAUAAUUGAAAGCUGCUAUGAGGACAACAGAUUGACACAUUUCACACCUCACUGUUAGUCUUGUAUUCAGUGAGUGAAGCAGUACGUCUGCACUAGUAAGUGAUUCCUGUAUACCUGUGUGCAUGCCAAGGUCAUAUUUUACAUGUGGUUGGUUAAUUAUGCCUAUGGUCUACAUGUACAUUUUACAUCUUUGCUAUAA